AUGGAAACCAGAGCUGCAAAGAAGCGAAGGCUGAUAGAGGAAGAAAACAAACGCAAUGGGCGACGCAGGGACAGAUUCAGUGAUCUUCCAGAUGAAAUAUCGCACCACAUACUCUCCUUCUUACCCAUGAAAUCCAUCGCACAAGUAAGUGCUACAUCGAAAAGGUGGAGAUCUCUAUGGGCUUCCCUUCCUAUUCUUGACUUCUCCGAGAUUUUAUCAAAAGUACAUUUUGAAGGUGGUCUACCACAUUCAUUUAUGAACCUCAAGACUUUGGAAGUUGUUACUAGUUUGAACAAAUCUGAUGUUCCGGGUAUAGCAUGCUUAUUCAAGAGCUCUCCCGUUGUUCAAACACUCAAUAUGGCGAUAUCUUCUAUUCAUACAUUAGCAAAUGAUAGAUGGAACAACAUCUUGUUGGACAGAGCUGGCUGCAGUGAAGAGCAAUUCUGGGAAUCUCAAGCUCAAACUUUGAGCCCCUUCCUUUGUCACCUAAAGCUGGUGAAUCUUCGAGUUGCAGAUCCAAUGCAUGUGGUUGACGUUGCAAGGUUUUUGCUUCAACAUGGAAAAGAAUUGCAAGAAAUGGUUAUUCGUGUGAACAAAGCCUAUACCAUACCUGCUUGGGAAUAUAAAAUCAGUAUAAUAGAGGGACUCCCGCGGGCAUCGGGUGUCAAACUCUCAUGCUUAAUCAACUAG